AUGGCUAACCUUGUGAAGGUGGAGUUAGAGGAAGGAAGUGUGCUUAAAAUCAGCGGGGAGAGGAAGCGAGAGAAGGCGGAGAAGUCCGAUACCUGGCGUCUCUUCGAACGCACUACCGGCAGCUUCCUACGCCGCUUCAAUCUCCCGGAAAAUACAAAGGCCGACGACGUGAAGGCCGCCAUGGAGAACGGCGUGCUCACCGUCACAGUUCCUAAGGAGGAAGUUAAGAAGCCGGAGGUGAAGUCCAUUAAGAUUUCCGGCUGA